UGGCAUCCUCCCCCCCAUAAAAGACAAUCAAAAAAGCCAGAAUAAAAUCCACUCCAAUUAGUCCUAAACUACACCGCCACCACCAAAAUCAAACGUAGCAUCCCACCCCCAAGGCCUCAGUCCGGGGCGCUCAGUGACUGCUUACUAUCGCCGACCUCCGUUAUUUUGAUGCCCCACCAAAAACCCCGCCGAAGCUUUCCGUCACCAGUCCAGUCAACAUCCACCACCGUCAUUCCCUUACAUUGUUGCUCCUCACUUACUACCUACCUAUAUUAGAGCGUCGCGUCCCGUGCUUGCACCUCAUUUUCUUUUUCCUACCCCCGUAAACAAAUCCUUACUACAGUCGCUAUCUACCCAACAUGUUGAUCAAAGUCCGUACCCUCACCGGAAAGGAGAUCGAGUUGGACAUCGAGCCCGACUACAAGGUGUCCCGGAUAAAGGAGCGCGUUGAGGAGAAAGAGGGUAUUCCGCCUGUUCAGCAGCGGUUGAUUUUCGGAGGAAAGCAGAUGGCUGAUGAUAAGACUGCCUCGGAGUAUAACCUGGAAGGUGGUGCCACGCUACACUUGGUGCUUGCUCUCCGUGGUGGAUGCUUGUGAUCGUGAUCGGGUGUGGAAGGGAGAGAGAUCUGUAUUAUCUUUCGAGCCAGCAUCUUGAACGCUUCUGAGCGUUGUUAUGCGCAUGUCGCUUUCCAACUGGGCCGGUUUAUAAUGAGCUACACCCAAUGCAGUAAUGACAGUUUUCUUUUCUGAGGAGGAUAUCUAGUAAACAUUGUUUGGACAA